UAGAGAAUAUAGACAAUGGAAACAUUAAAUAUAAUAGCAAUAGUGCUUUUUCACUGUAUUCUACUAAAUUUUAUUAAUCCCAUAAUAAUGGGUCUUCACAUUAUUUUGUCAAACCCUGUAUGUGCUGUGUGAAUAACACUGAGUAAUAUGUAAUAUGCUAUUACUGUGUAGUGCUGUUGUCUAUUUAGCUUCUCAUUACCGUUAAUUUGAUUGUAAAUGGAUGGUUGUUUCCAUGACUGAUGGACUUCCCACUCCAGCAAUGAUCCAGCCCUGCCUCUGCUUUAUAAACCAGACAACAUCAAGAGUUCAUUUUAUGAAUGUCAUAUCAAAUACAUGUGAAAUGGACUACUCUCUGCUGCUCUUAAUCUUUACCUCAGCCGUUUUUGAGCAGACAUGGUGUCUCAAUAAUUCCAACAACAGCAUCAGUACAACAUUCAGUCCCCUGCCCACAACAGUGACCACACAGAGUCUAUUGUGUGAAAACAAGGGUAUCACACAAAACGGGAUCUGCUUCUGCCCAGAUGAUUGGACUGGAACUACCUGCAACAUUCCAAAUUUCUGCCCUGAAAACACCUUCACAGCAACUAUGAAAUUAACCUUUCCAAAAACUGUCUUAGGCCAGUUUGCUUCCUCCGUAGAGCGAUGUCCAUCAGAAACAACAAAUGCUGGCAUGCACCAUGCUUCAGCCCUUUGUAAUCUAAUUACUCGCUUAUUCAGUACUCCAAAAAUUCUAAAUUGUAGUUUGACCCUGGACACCAUUCAUACAUGGAUUUCUGGAGCUACUCUGAAAAAAAAACAGGACUUAUCCUCCAGUACCCAAAUCCUCACAUCUAUACCAGAACGGCUAACACCCCACAACAUCACAAAUGCAGCUAAAAUAACCCAGGCCCUUCUCUCUGACCCACAAACUACGGAUAUUGCAGUAUCAGCAGUCGCCACAGUCAGUCAGCUCCUGAGCGCAAGUCAUGAGAAGUACUCUUCUGUCGACCAUGAAGCAAUUUCUCAACUAACACAGACUCUACAGACACUCUCUCUGCGUGAGAAACCAAAUCCAUUGUUAGUGCAACCGAAUAUGGCAGUGCAGGCUGAAUGA